GUCAGCGCAUCAAAGCUGGAGAGGGGCUGGUGAGGGAUGUCACAAGAUGCCUCCUGGAGAAAAGCUUGACAUUUUGACCUCUGUGCGGCACAGAGGAAGGGAUGCCUGACUAUAAAGCUUGCUACGUUCCCCUCCUACUGAUACCUGGUUCUUCUCACUGCUCUUGAGCUCUUCUCCCCGGACGUCUGGAAAAGAUGGUUUCGUAAAUCUCAGCGAAGCUCGAACGAGGGUCUCCAAUCCUUUCGACUAAGCAGGUCUUCACCACUGACGUUUCCCUGAUCCCAUUCAGUCAAUAACAGCAUCAUGAUGGAUUUCAUGCUCAAGAAGCCCGAGGGAGUUGCCGGCUCUACGGCGCCAGCUAUCUCUAUCGGCAUGUUUGUCUCCUUUGGUGGUGUCCUCUUCGGGUAUGAUACCGGCACGAUCGGCGGCAUCCUCGCCAUGACAUACUGGCGCAAACUCUUCUCGACAGGCUAUAUCAAUCCCACAGACCACCUGCCCGAUGUAUCAGCCAGCCAGAGCUCCGAGAUCGUCUCGAUAUUGUCGGCCGGCACCUUUUUUGGCGCUCUCUUCUCCGCGCCUAUCGCCGACUACAUGGGCCGUCGCUGGGGUAUGAUCUUCAAUUGUGUCGUUUUCACCUUUGGCGUGAUCCUGCAGACAGUCGCGACGGCCAUCCCCAUGUUCGUCGCCGGUCGGUUUUUCGCUGGGCUCGGGGUCGGUUUGUUGUCCGCGACCAUUCCCCUCUAUCAAUCCGAAACCGCGCCAAAAUGGAUACGAGGAACGAUCGUGGGAGCAUAUCAAUGGGCCAUCACGAUCGGUCUCCUGCUGGCCGCCGUGGUCCUCAAUUCCACCAAGAACCGUAAUGAUACCGGGUCUUAUCGCGUUCCCGUCGCUGUUCAAUUCGCCUGGUCCAUUAUCCUGGUAGUCGGAAUGCUCCUGCUCCCGGAAACCCCCAGGUACUUGAUCAAACGAGGAAAGCCCGAGGAGGCGGCGCGGUCGCUCUCGCGUUUGCGAAGACUUGACGUCAAUCAUCCUUCGAUUGUGGAGGAGUUGGCCGAGGUUCAAGCCAACCACAACUACGAACUGUCCAUCGGUGGCGACUCGUAUAUGACUUGCUUUCGACGGCCCAUUCGGAAGCGUCUCCUGACUGGCAUAGGCCUCCAAGCUCUGCAGCAGCUGACCGGAGUCAACUUCAUUUUCUACUACGGCACCUCUUACUUUCUAAACUCGGGCAUCAGCAAUCCGUUCAUUAUCUCGAUGACCACCAGCGCCGUCAACGUUGCCUCCACGGUACCCGGUUUGUAUCUGGUCGAGAAAUGGGGCCGUCGACCUCUCCUCAUGUUCGGUGCAGUCGGCAUGUCGAUCUCACAAAUGCUGGUCGCCGCCAUCGGCACAGCCAAGCCACAUGAACAGCAAGCCAACCAGGCGCUGGUAUCAUUUGUAUGCAUUUACAUCUUCUUCUUCGCGUGCUCGUGGGGACCCUGCGCUUGGGUCGUUACCAGUGAGAUCUUUCCCCUGAAGGCCCGAGCCAAGGGUUUGUCCAUGACCACGGCCUCGAAUUGGCUACUCAACUGGGCCAUUGCUUAUGCCACUCCUUACAUGGUUAACCCCGGUGCCGGCAAUGCGAACCUCGGCUCCAAAGUUUUCUUCGUCUGGGGCGGCUUCUGCUGCAUCUGCGUGGCCUUUGUGUACUUCUGCAUCUAUGAGACUAAGGGCCUCUCCCUGGAACAGGUCGACGAGCUUUACGAUAAGGUCGGCUACGCGUGGCAGUCCACGGGCUUCGUUCCCACCGUCCAUUUCAAUGAGAUCCAGGAAACGAUUUCCGAAGGCGUUGAAAGCAAUAAAGUUUCCCUGAUGGACUUGGAGCAGACCACUAUGAGGCGCAAGAGCCAUGCGGUGCAUAACGAAACUUUGCCUGAAGGGAAGGCGACAUGAAGUGUGAUUUGCAAGAAAGGUGGGUGUGGAGGUCGUGAUUGGAUGCAGGGGACAC